AUGCAACCCGGAGCACAGGUUCCCUUCAUACACCCCGUGUUUCGCGACAUAUUGCGGCCAAUCAAUGGCGACCUCCAGGCGCGUGCCGGGUGGGCCCCUCGUCGGCCAAGCAGCGCAAGGAUAUUCUCAUCUUCGAGCUCUAAGAUACAACGCUUAUAA